AGCAUUGCACGUGAAUCGAAUGGCCCGCGCUGUGUGUUGUGGUUCUACGGUCCUACAAAUGCCGACACGGGGUUCGUGCAUAAUGUUAUUGCUAGCGUAUUUGGCUCCACGUCAGAGUUAAAUCCUACACAGAAGCGUUACGAAAGUACCAACGAGUGCAGAAACGUGACAAAUUUGAAAGGAGGGAUUUCAUGAAGGAACUUCUGAACUUCCUCCAUGAAUUGAGUGCUGCGACGGCAGCGCCACUAAAGUAAUUUCUCUAUGCAGCUACGAAACAACGGCGAAGAGUUUGCUUGUGCGUUGUUAAAAGUCCUGCUUCGGUACGGGUACGGGUUGCGGUCUGCGCGAACUAAUGGGUCGGCGGCGGCGGCGGCACGUAAUCGCCCUCAAACGCACGGCUCAGCAAAAUUGAUCCUCAUGUUUCCGUGUCGGACAAGACGAGUGUGUUGGGGCGCCCGGAAACGAAACCCCGAUCGUGCGUGACUCCCGGGAGGGGAACACAGCGAGGCCGUGUUCGAACUGUCGGGUUGGUAGAAGGUCCCCCUUCGCUGCGCGACCAACGCGACGACGCCACUGGACUCGCCUUCGACGUGCCGCCCCAAGAGGCGACGAUGCGGGGACGCCUUCGUGCCGUGACGACGGUCCACCGGUAGCGUGACACCUUUGAAUUGGUGGCUGCAACGGUGGCAGUGACAGCGGCAAUAUGCAGUCGUGGAGGUGGCAUGUCAUCCUCCUGCAGAUCAUGCUUCUCCUCGUCCUGCUGGCGUUGCUUGCAGUGGCCGAUUGCAGCUGGGAUGACCUGACGGAGGACACGCAUCACUAUGAAGGCAACUACACUACGAAGGCCUUCAAGAAGACAUUCAAGGAUGGGGAGAUCGCUCCUUACAAGUGUCAAAAUGGCUAUACCGUCUCCGGCCUUUAUUCAGGACCCCACGUACCGAACGCCACCUGCCGCGGCAACAAAUGGGAGUAUGAUUCAAGGAAUCUGGUGUGCAAGGCCGUAAGUUGCGGUCAUCCGUGCCCGGGUGGUUCCUGUCGAAAUGGGGCAGUCAACCCGCCCGUGUUUAACUUCCCUAAUUUUGUGAACUUCACCUGCAACCCGGGCUACCACUUGGUAACACACGACGACCAAAAGUGGGAUCCAAGCUACCAAGUCUACUGCACGUCUAGUGGCAAAUGGAGCCGUCCGGCGCCCAAGUGUGUAGAGGUGGUGUGCCCACAGCCCACUCCCAUUGCCAAUGGCCAGGUCAGCCCAUCGAAGCCAAUCUUCCGAGAAAACGACGCUAUCCAGUACACCUGCGAUCAGCCCUACACGCUGAAUGGGGAUGCCACACGCCGAUGCCAGAACGAUGCCACGUGGUCUGGCGAUGAGCCAAGUUGUGAGGGUCGUCGAAAACAUGGGGAAUAUUGGACUCCAAAUGUGAUUGAUGAGCGUUGCCCGCCACCAAAGCUGCCAUUCGGAGAAAUUAAAACCAAUGGUGAUUACGGGGUCGGGGCCCACAUCGUCUACGUCUGCGAUGACGGCCAGCGAGGGGCUGCCCGGUGCGGCGAUAACCUCAAGUGGAGUCCAGAUCCACCACUGUGCACGGACACAAAGCAAAAACCAACACCAGCACCACCAGCGCCAUCGCCUCCACCCCGUCCUCCGCCAACUACAACUGCUAGUACACCUUUACCAGCAACACAGUGUAGCCCACUGUCAAGUCCAACCAACGGCAAGCUGUUCAGCAGUGACGGCUUCAAAAUCAAUGCGUCCGUCCUCUUUACCUGCGACGAAGGCUACACCUUGCACGGGCCUGCAAUGCUCCUGUGCAGGUCGACAGGCGUAUGGGAUCCUCUAACGACACCAACAUGCACUGCACCUCCGCCAUGGAUCAUCAUACUCAGCGUCUGUCUCGCAGUUCUCGCGUCUCUCGUGCUGUGCUGCCUAGGAUUUUUUUACAUCAUGCGACGGAGACGGCGGCAUACGCCUCCACCUCGUAGCUACAGGCGGCAGAUACGAAAGCCGGGACCGUACGAUGCAAUAUCCAACGACGAGGUGGCGAGGCUGGGAAAGCCAUUUCCUGUGACGAGCUUAUGAGCCGUGCGCAAUGUGGCGCGCGUUGACAGACUGGCGACCUGCAGGCUAUCGCUGCUCAGUGGCCUGUCCCCAACAGAUUGUCAGGCCAUUAGCUUUCAACAUCAACUUGUUGGUCAGCGGGCAUGAAAACUGGAGGCCAUGGUUUCUUGUCCAGCAUUUGUGAGCAGUGUGUGACUGUCUUUGUGUGAUUAAGUGAAUAGCAGACCGGGUGUGUAGCACGAGUUGAGCUAACAUGGAAUAGUUGGCGUUGUCGCACUGCUUUGAGCAUCUAGGUGCAUAGGUGUCAUGGUUUUGCCUCAAGUCAUUUUCAUUCGUAUGGUCGCCAACAGAGUGUCGCAUAUCUGCGGGCAGACUGGAGCUGUUUUUGCGGCAUUGCGAUGGAAGCGUUGGGCUGCUAAGCGUGGUGACGUGUUGCCAAAGUGCUCAGUUUGUUUAAGGAUACGCGGUCUGUGAUGGCUUAAGCCUGAAAAAAAUUAGGUGACCCACUCUCAUCUAUAGUAAUGCAUCCUGGUUUUGAACUAUGUACUUUCUGCUACUUGAUCACCCGGUUUCAUACACGUGAAAUGGGCAUGCUGGCUUAGGAUUACAAGAAGCAGCCAUGUGCAGCCAGUGGGCUUUAUUCUCUCACAUAUGUGCAGGUAUGUGAAAUUCAUGAAUGGAAUAUCUUGUAGCUGACUUGAAAAGCAGCAGCAAGGAUUGCAUGGUGCACAACGUAAUGUAUCAUUGAAGUUGACUGGCUUAGCUGCUAUUAUAAGCAGACUGAUAUCUGCCUUCUAGUGAAAUUUACUUUCGCUGCUGUCUGAACUCCACGUUGUAGAGCAAGGAGUCUUAAGUUUAAAGGGCUGAAGGAUUAGGAGAAAGUCCUCUUAUUAGGUCCCAUUGGUCCUGUUACAUUUAAGCUUAAGUGGUGACUUGCCUAAGACUGCCAGUAGCACGCAAGCAGAAAGUUACCUGCAUAUCUCAUUGCAUUAUUGCUGUAGCGCUCACUGUAUCAACAUUCAUCUGUGCUAUAUGUGUAGUGCCGGUAAUGUCCUUAGUACUCAGCCAUGAAAGUAAAUCGUGGCUACCAGCAUUUCUGUUAAGAACCACCAGCCGUUAGUCAGCAAAUUGAGCACAACAGAGGUGUUUUGCAUAAUGACUUACCUCAACACACUGUACAGGUACCUGUUACAAGGGUCAUUGAUUUACUGCCACUCCGACCUGAAAACAAAGCGAGGCAUAUUUUUGCUGGGAGUGCUAGCAAAAGCAAAAGCCAACAGUGUUGUGGUUAGGGUUGUGACUUUUGCAACAGUGAGAGACUGGAAUGUGGGUUGUAAGCAUACAGGGUACGGAGGAGGGCCAUUGCAUUAUUGUUUUGAACAAGCACCACACAUUCAAACUAAAUAAAAAGCAAUGUUUCGGUAACCUUUAAUGCAAUGCGAGUUGUCAGCUGAACUAGCGAGUUGCAUUACCAUGCACAGCAUACAAGACAUUUAAUUGAGGGCAGAUAAAAAUCGGCACAUAGCUGUUGAAGUUUUACCAAAUUGUUGCCGAUGUGUAAGUAUAGUUUACUCAUUUUACUUUGCCUUCUAAUGCACUCAAUCUACCGAUAAUUCUUGUCGCAACAUAUUCAUUAAUCAUCCAACCAGGACUAGGGACAGAUUGGUAUAGGUUGAACUGGCAACUGUUACCAUCUACAAGAAACUGUACCAGCUGAAAACCAAACAGGUAGCAACCCUACUCAUGAUAGCUUUGGAAUUAUGACACCACAACACUGAGAAUGCAUCGCAUUGAACUAUUAUGUGGAAAUGGGAGCAGUUCAAGAACUGGUGAGCUAAUUAUUUCUGCUACAGUCUUGGAGGCUGUCUGAAGCAGCAUUCCUGCUGCUGGAUCUAUUCGUAAUCAACAACAUGCAUUGCUUUCUGUGCAUUGACCAUAGCAUUCUGGAGAAGCUACAGUUAUCUUGUGAGGAGUGGUGAUGUUACAUUUGCUUGUCAAAUAUGUUUUUUCAUUCAUUGCCUUUCUUACUGCACCUUCCAGAUUUUUAUUUUUUGCACAGCAUCCUGCUUUCGAUAGUGUUUUUGUCUUUCCGGUAAAGCAUUUACUGCGUUUUACAUGCAUUUGCUGCACUUGCCAAAACACUGCCUUUUCUGGAGAUGGUGUUCCCGCUUGCAUUAAUUCUUUUUCUAGUCUCGCAAAAGUCUGGUUCAACGUUUAUUUCAUUGUUUCUGUCUUUUACAAACUAUUCUCUCGGUCAUUGUGAAAAUAUAGUAAAGUCAGACUAUACCCAACAUCACUGUACUUGCAUAAAAAAAAAAGUUAGAAAUUGAAAAAUUGCAUAGUAUUGAUCCCUUUAAUCACCAUUUUCCUUUCAAAUUACUCUCAUUACUUUAUUGAUGCUGUGCUGUUAAUGCAUUUUUGUAAAUAAGCCUGGACUAUGUGUAGGAAACUACAGAGAGAGGGUGAUAUUGAAGGAAGGAAAUGCAGGCAGAUUAACUAGACUUUCUAGAGUUUUCUACGCAACGCAUGAAGAGGGAGAUGAGGGAGUGAAAGAGAGAGAUGCUAGUAUAUCUACAGUCCGGCCCUCAAGUAUGUCACCUCCACGUACCACAGAGGGCCAGGCUCCGGCGAUCAUUGCUUUGGCAAAGGGUUCAUCGUCCUGCAGGGAAUUACAGAAUCACUUCAGAGUCAAAGGGCUCUUUCGAAGGUUGUUUUUUUAAAUGAGCAAUGCUGAUGUAAAUUCUGUGCUGCAGUGUAAGAAAUGAAGCACCUCAACACAUUCAUGCUUGUUCAAAUGCCUUUCUGAUGCUUGUACAUACCUCUGUGUUAUGCUAACCAAUCUAGAUGUACUCUGCUUACAAUGUUCAUUUUGCGCCGCAUAUUCCUGCACCAUCGGGCUUGAAAAUCUCGUGCUGGUUUUCUGUAGAGUGGUGAAAUUUGUCAGGAUGGGUCAAAUGCAUGUUACGUUAUGCCCAGAACCGGAACCAGAUGGGAAAAGUUCUAAAGGUGUUCACACUUAAAAGUUGGCCUUGGUCUCAUGACACUCAUGAAAGAAAGAUUCGUACAUGUGACCACUGUAAGCAACGAAUGAUUACCAAGUUUUCAGAGUACCGGGCUGAAAUAGUGUAAUUACUUAUUCUAUUUUAGUGUCAUUCCUUAUCGGGCUUCAUCAGUGGCCAGAGCAGCACUCUGCCCACAUUGUCAACAGGAUAUCGCCAGGCUGUGAAUGGGGGAUGAUAAGAGUUGCAUAGAAUUUUGCAGAAGGAAUUGGUACAUUAUACUAUCGCGCUUAUGUUCUAUGUGUGUGCCAAAACAUUAUAUACCAGGUUACCUGUUUUAAUGGAAAUAGACUUGUAGUUAUAUCUACAACAGGAGAUAUAAGUCUGCUUCUAAUAAAAUAAAUGACCUAGUAUAUAAUGUCACUGUUAAGACGUGGGCCAGAAUAAUGUAACGAUUCUAUUUCAGUACUAUUCUUUGUCCUUUGUUAGGGGUCCAUACAUGGGCCUCUGCCCACGUUAUCUCUAAGAUCAGCCACUUGUGUAUGCUGGAUGAUGAGAAAGGAAUAGAAUGAAGUGAAAGGAACCUGUAUGUUAUGCCAACGAUUGAUUGAUCCAGGCAGACAUAUAAUGCCUGCCAUUCUUUGUGACGGGGGAGGGGAAAAAAAGAACCACCUUUUUAGAAAAUGACUACUACCUUAAGCACGGACCUGCGAGACCUUUAGUGAUAGCUCAUGAACUUUCUUUCCCUUCGAUUUACUUUGUGUUCAAGCAUACCAUGACAUACUGUGAAUAGGGACUGUUUUUUUUUUUUUUUCAUUUAUUUCCCAAGAAUCUGUACUCGGAGAGCUCUGUGGAACUAGACUGUGUCACGUUUUAGGAACGCUUAGAAUAGGCAUUAAAGCGCGACACUGAAGGAAAGGUGGAGGCAGGGUAAUGAUAUUGCCUCCUCUUUCCUCUGCCCUGAACAAUGUGCUGGUCGGUAAUUUUUGGAGCCCCUGUUUUAUUGUCCCCUGUUUGCAUAUGAAAGCUCCUACAGCAGUCAGUUGUCCACCUGGUUUUGUCAUGAAGUGCCCAAGUAUCGCUUACUACAGUAACCUUUGUGCGAGAUCGUUUCCUGUGUUUGCACAAGCAGCAUCUUUGGGGCUCGUUCACACCAACUACUCAGAGAGGCCACCUGACCAGCCGCAACUGUCGAUCAAGGAGCGACUUUUGGUGAUUGAUGUUCAUACCGGCAAGUGCGACUUUUCCAUCGCCGCACUGAAACACCUUGCGAUUGGUGCCCUUCGUGUCUGCUUACACUGCCAUAGCAAUGUAAAAUAAACGUCAGUGUGUGCAGAUGUCCUGUGCCGCCGAUUGGUUCAGCAGCUUUGCAACUGCAGUCGCGCAACUGACCCAAAACAGUUGCUUUCAACCAUAGUGACAAUUUAUGACUACUUGCAACUGGUCGCUUAGCAGCCAACUUGGUCGCACAACCUCUUCAAGUCACUGGUGUGAAUGGGCCUUUAGUGUUUGUAAUAUACACACUUGUCGCAGACCUUUGCUCCUAUGUCGUGGCAUCAAUGUUCCUGCCGCAUCUUGUGCCUUGCGCUUGUGCCUUGCGCUUGUGCCUUUAAGAGCGGACGUUUCCACUUUUUGUAAAGAAACUCUUUGCAGGUGCCACAGGUGGCAUUAGCAGCGUGUGUUGACAAGUUUAGCACAGUUCAGUGGAUGUGGCUUAUGUGCGAACUCGUCACAAGCAUUGUCGUAGCUUGUAGCCACACAUUCUAGAUGUGUGAAACUUUUCUACUGCAGGUAAUUUGAAAGCACAUAACGCAAAUUGUGUUGAGCUGGAAUCUCUGAUAAGCUCGACAGUUUCAAGUCCUUGAUUUAGCUGUAAAUUGAAUGCACAAUUGUCAAGCCACAUGACUGAUAAGAUACAGAUAUCCAAAGUCCCUUUGUGUUUUUAUUGAAUGAAGUUCAGCAUGAUUAUUAUGAAACUUUAUAUGAGCUAGCCGAAACAUGCUUACUUAGGUGAUUUGGCCAGUAUUUUGUGUACGUUUCACCCUGUUGCAAAGAUUUUUUUAUAUGACGAAAAUGUUUUUCUUCUUAAGAAUCUCAAUUCCUGUCUUCAUAUUUUUUCUGUAUAAGGGAUGGCAGGACAAACAAAUGUGUUCUGAUAUUUUGUGUGCGUAUGUGUUUGCGAACAUCUGGAGUGAUGUCCAUCAGGCACGUAUCUUCUGAAUUGUUAGUGUGGUUCCACCAAUGCCUAUAAGUUCGCACUUGGUGUUGUGCUGUCCUUCAGUUAAAAAAAUUUCAGAAAGAUUUUUCUAAUAUUUCUCCUAUUACCAAAUAAUUUUCUGCGGAGUGAUUAUGUGUAGAAUAUCUUGUGCCAUACCAAACAUUUCAAGCUGGUUUUUUUUUUUUGGCCUACUUUGCACAUUUCAUCGCAACCAUCCUUGACGUCCUUUUUGUUCAACACAUGGCAUGCUCACUUGUGUGCGUUAGCACUGGUUACAUCACUUCUUGAAUGGCCAUGUGCACCUUCUAGCAAGUAACUUGCGAUUGUGAAUCGUGUGUGAUCUUUGCGGCAAUGCUUUCAUUCGCCCUCCCUGCUAUGAUAUAGCCCUGUUUUCAAUGAGCCUACAUGAUCCACACAUGUGUGCAACCAUAUCAUGCUGGGUUCAUAGUCUGUGACACGUUGCGCUCAGAGCAUUGAGGGCAUUAUUAAUACCGGUGUCACACAGCCACUUUGGGUCCACGAUUGAGCUUGAUUGCCAUAGAAUUUCUCAAUUGCAAUUGGCUCCUUUGCGCAUGUUUUAGAAAGGAGCCAAUCAUGAGCGAGAAAUUCUCCUGAUCGUGCUCGAUCGUGAUCCGAAGUUACCUGUGCGGCCGGGGGCUAUGAGAUUUGCUGUACACUCGAAAAGCUUGCAUUGUGGCAGAGCAAUGUUCGAGUUGGUGCGUUCCAAGGCGAGUGCCGGCUUGUGGUGCUUAAUUCAAAUUCUGUUCUUGCUUGCACUGUGUGCAGGCUGCCCCCGCCGAACGUACAAAAGUGUAGUAAAAAAAACAACGAAAAUUACAUCAGUGU